AUGGUACAGGCCCAGUUGCCAGCUGACAGCCGACACUCAGGCUGGCUGGAAGAGCAAAGGAAGGAAUGGAACAUCCUGAGGAAGGGCACGGAACUAUCCUGUAAAUGGAAACUGGAACGCAGGCACGCCCAGCCUGAUGACCAACAAACAAGAAGCUAUGUAGCUUGUGCGGCCGCACCUUUCUUUCUAGUUUUCAAGCAAUCUAUUGAGGCCUGCCUGCUCCAGGCUGAGCUGGUAAACUAUGAGCGAGUCAAAGAGUAUUGCCUCAAAGUCCUGAAGAAGGAAGGAGAGAACUUCAAGGCCCUUUACCGGUCUGGUGUGGCCUUCUACCACCUGGGAGACUAUGACAAAGCACUCUACUACCUGAAAGAAGCAAGGACCCGACAGCCAACAGAUACCAACGUGAUCCGGUAUAUCCAGCUGACGGAGAUGAAACUCAGCAGGUGUUCCCAGAGAGAGAAGGAAGCCAUGUGACCAGAAUACCUCCCUCGAGCUGCACCUGCGCCAGACCCCGGACUUGCAGGCAGCCCCCGGUGAAGAGCCCCUCCUGGGUUUCGUUCCCUUCUCCCCACUUCUUCUGGCUCCCCCCCUUCCUCCUGAUGCCCCUCAACAAUCCGUCUGCUCCCGGUGUGAAGAGAGACAUGCAGAUUGCAAAUCUGGUCAGUGGCCCAAAAUGGAGAUUCCCCUUCUCUGGUAGGUCAGCUACUGAGAGGGACCUCACUUCUUCGGGGACAGCUGGAGAGGACUCUUACGGCCCGGGAAUGCUAUUGCAGCUUUGACCUUGGCCGGUGCUUCUGUUGGAGGAAGAGGCUGGUAGGUGUGCCGUCCCACAGGCAGCAGGCACGGAGCCCACGGGCUGGCUCCCUCCACACUUUCCUGACACACCAGAACAUCUCAAGGCAUCUGCAUCGAAUCCAGGGAUGAGACAAACACCAGAAGCAUUGGUGAAGCCAACAGACGGUGAAUUUGUACACUGGAUUCCCCACGCCGACCCCCAGUAACCUCAGCCCCUGCCUCCCUCCCUCCCUCGUCUCGGCUUUCUUCUCUCCCCCUUGAGGAUCUGAGACUCUGCCAGGUUUCACAUGCCACCGAAGCCCACUCUCAGUGCCCUCUGGUGACCACACAUACCAUUCUACCAUACUCCCACCCAGCAGGCAGCUGUGACAGCAGAGGGGCAGGGCGAAGUGUGCCCGGGGCUGGCCGCCUAGGUGACCGAGGGGAGGGGGGCUGACGUCUAGGGGAAGGAGCACUGUGGGGACUGGGGGCCUAUCGAACUGUGGACUGAGUGUAAAUAAAAAUAAAUGAACAGGCAGCAGUUCCUGUCAUUUCUGUUGGAAGGAGCCCACCCUCUCCCUGUCACUCCCUCCCCCAACUCUCAGAGCUACUUCCAGCCAGGCAGGACGGGACUUCCCCCACAGCAAUGGGCCGUUUGUCCGGCGGUAAACAAUGCUGGCCACCGCCUUUGUGCAGUUGAGUGGGCUGGUGUCUCGGAGACUGCCCAGGGACUUGGCUUUGCAGGAACUUGCAUGGCCUCCUUUUGAUGAAAUUAUCUGGACUCAAUAUCUAGCACAUAGAAUGUGUUCAACAAAUAUUUGUUGAAUGAAUAAAUUAUGACUGCAGACUGGCUCUCCUGCCUUAAACUAAUUUUCUCCCAGCCUAGUCUCCUGAUAUCUAUGCUCUUUACGCUACGCCAUGUUGCUUCAGUCAAAUAAGAAACAUUUACUGAGGGCUUAUCGUUUACCUGUCGUCGUGCAGUAUGCUGUGGGACACAGGACGCAGUUCCCGUCCUUAAGGAGGGGAAGAGUUGAGAUGAUCACCAAUGACACCUGUAAUUUAUACGAUGCUUUAAAUUUUUCAAAGCACUUUCGUGUAUUUUUUGUGUGAUUAGUGAGACAAUAUUGUACAAAUUAAAAUAUAUACAGAUGCAAUAAUGUUAAUAGUUAGCAUUUAUUAAAUGCACUAUCCUCAGAUCUUUACAUGUAUAAUCUCAUUUCUUUCAUGCAAUUACCCCAUGAGCUAUAUUUCCAUUAGGUGGAUAAGGAAACUGAAAACCAGACAUGGUAACUCUCCCAACGUUACACGGCCUCAUGUGGCAUAGCUAGGACUUGAACCAGGUCUGUCUGACUCCAGAGCUUUAGCUAUUAACUACUCUAGAGUUGGUAUUAGCUGCUCUACAAAGUAUUUUAUUGAGCGGUUAUAGCCACUGGAGAACAGGACAGUGUAUCAAGUUGCAAAGCCUUGACUCCACCAAUGGUAUAGUGGGCUGCCUCUUGUAUUUAGCUCAAGGUUAAAAAAAGGUCCUUAACACUAGACUCCCUAGUGGUCAGGGCAUGACGGGCCAGAAAAAGACAGCUGGGACCUAGCAGGUAUUUCCAUGUAUUGUUCAUUCUAUUUUCUGAUGUCAGCGCAUAUCCACCCACCUAGCAUUGGGGAAGAUGCACAAUUAUAGGCAGAGAUCGAAAGGAAACACAGAGUUAAUUAUGGGUUCUUUGUGUAAUCAGAGGCUCCACCACGCCAGGAUCCAAUCACUGCUGAGGGGCCCAGAAGGCAGCAGCCCAGGUUAUAUUCACACACAGCUCCUGAAAGGCUUCUGGUGGGGGUUCGAGAAGGUGCUAAGAAUCUCUAGGGGUUCACAGUUGCUUGCCUGUAGCUCACCUCCAGGGUAGAGGAGAAGCUGGGACAUUCUCCCCCACGCCUCCCGUAUCCUUGCGUCUGCCCUCCCCUUCAUUAUGGUCUCACAUGUUCCUCACUCAGAGCCAUCCCGAGGCAUAUGCAACAUAGGCACAUGUGUAAACUCCCCCCACCCCCCCCUUCUCAAGCCUCCAGUCCAGAAGGCUUGUGAGUUGGCAAGCUGCCUGUCAGGGUCUGAAGGUUGAGGAUGAAGUCAGAGGUGGACUGCAGAACCAGUUACUACCAGCACGGCUAUCCUUUGCUCCUUUGGGCCCGCAGGAAGGACUUGGACUAACUGCUCCCAACAUGGAGCGGGAGAGAGCGUCUUGCCUCGAGUUAGUUGGGGCAGGGCUGGACAGGUGGGGGUAAGAUUGUUGCCAUCCUUCUAAAGAGAAAGGUGGAAAACCAGAACCAGGUGAGGACAACCUGGCACGACCUCACAGAACAAGUGUACAGGUGUCUGCUUGUCUGGCGAUGCCCACACACGUGCUUACUGGAGUCCAUUCACUGUGACCCAAAGCUAAGUGAGCCCGAAGUAAAAAGUUGCCUUGGGGGUGUUGUUUGAUGUUUGGGGUGCAGGGAUUGAAUUUGCUGUGCGCUUGUCCAACAGAGACUUCAGAGAGCUAGUGAGCAAGAGCCGGUCUAUUCACCUUAGCAGACCUCCAGCUUUCUCCCAUCCCUCCCCGAAACAGGGACUGUGAUCACAUGCUUUGUUUGCAGAUGUCCCUGAACUAGACCUGGAGCACUAAUCUUGGAUCUGACCAGCCUUGUCAUCUCCUGCUUGGACUUUGUGAUAGACUCUUUGGGGGAUGGGGAUUGUACUUUUCUUGUUGUUGCUAGGAAGCCUCACGUGUGUAUUGUAGAAAUUUUAGGGGGGGGGGGAGACAAACCCAUCAUCCUAGCACCCAAGACAAACAUUACUAUCCUUUUGGCCUCAUCUUUCAGUUCUUUUUGGUGUAAAUAUACACAUGCACAUGCAGGAUUUUUUUUAAACAAAAACUAGAGUACACUGUAUAUAUUCUUUAGUAACUUACUUUUCAAAAUGUGUAUUUCUAUUUCAGAAUAUGUAAUACAUGCACAGAUACAAAAUUCAAAAAGGACAGAAAGCUCUACAUUAACAAAUAAAUCUUUCCACCCUGUCUGCCAGCAUCUAGUUUCCCUCCAAUUACUUAUUCUGUACAUCUUUCCAAAAACACCCAUUUUCAAAUAGAUGUGUAUAUAUUCUUUUGUCACACACAAAUGGUAGCAUAUCAGAAACACUUUUUUGCACCUUGUGCUCCUUCACUUCCUAUAUCAUGAACAGAACAUUUUCUGCGUGUCUCUCAAACUUUUUCCACAGCAUCCUCAUUAUGUGGAUGGGCUGUCCUUUGGUACCCAAUCUCCUAAUAGAGAUCAGUUCAUUGUUCUCAACCUUGAUUGUAAAUAAUGUUGCAGUAGACAUUCUUGUAGCUAAGUUUUGCACACACCGUUGGCCAUUUCCUCGGGAUAAAAUCCAAGAAGGAAAUUGCUUGACCAUCUUUAAGAAUUUUGUUAUAUGUUGCCAGCCGCCCUCUGGAAAGUUUGUACUAAACUUUGCACUCCCCUAUUUGCAGGCUUGAGAGUGCCCCGUUCCCCGCACCCUCACUAAUAAUGGGUAUUGUCAUUUAUCAAACCUUUCCCAGUUUGUAGGAAAAUAAUAGUAUGUCAAUGUUAUUUGAACUCACGCUUCUUCAAUUAUUAGUGAAUAACAUCUUCAUAUGCCUACUGACCAUUUGUACUUGUUUCUUUGUGAUUUUUCUAUUUAUUUGAUAUUGCUGUUUGUUAUUACCAAUGUGUAAUUUUAUUAAGAACAUUAUUUUUGUCAAGAAACAUGGCAAAUAGGCUUUCCAAGUGCUUUGCUUUCAAUUUUGUUUAUGGUGCUUUUUGACACACAUAAAUUCUUAAUUCUGCAACUGA